AUGGGCAUCACCAACGACGACACAUCGCCGUCACAGCUCCUGCAACUGCCGAGCAGUCUUCGCGUCAUCUCCUUGAACUGCUGGGGCCUCAAGUACAUUUCCAAAUUCCGGCAUGAGCGUCUCACGGAAAUCGGACACCAACUCGCCCAAGCCUCGCCCGCGCCGGAGAUUGUAGGCUUACAAGAAUGUUGGACGCAGCAGGAUUUCCUGAAGAUCCACGACUUGACCAAGCACAUCUUACCCCAUGGCAAAUUCUACUGGAGUGGGGUUUUCGGCGGCGGGCUCGCGAUCCUCUCCAAAUGGCCCAUUGAGGAGAGUUCCAUGUUUCGGUAUCCCCUGAACGGACGACCCGCUGCGUUUUGGAGGGGGGAUUGGUACGUGGGCAAAGGCGUCGCUUCGGCGAGGAUACGGAUUGGAAACGGCGGGGGCGGGGAGAAGGACGUGGUGGAGGUGUUUUGUACGCAUCUCCAUGCGCCGUACGAGCAGGAACCGAAUGACAGUUACCUCUGUCAUCGGACGGCGCAGGCGUGGGAGAUUGCCAAGAUGAUGCGACACGCUGCCGAGCGGGGACAUAUCGUGCUGGGCUUGGGGGAUUUCAACAUGUUGCCGUUGAGUCUGGCGCAUCGCAUCAUCGAGGGCCACGCGCCGGUGAGGGACAUCUGGAGGCUCCUCUAUCCCGAUUCCGCCCUCGGGUCGGCGGAGAAUGCUGCGGAAAGGGCACGGAAUCUCCCCGUCCCCACCGCAAAGGCCUGUCUCGCAGAACAUGGCGCGACGUGUGAUUCGAAAUUCAACACCUGGCGCUGGAGCAAACAGAUGCAAAAAGACCUUCACGCCGGUCGAGACUCGACCAUUGACCCCGAAGACCUCGAUCCCAAAGCCAAGCGACUCGAUUACAUCUUCUUCGCCGACAACGGAUCGGGCUGGCGCGUCGAGAGCGCACAGGUCGGCAUGACCAUGCGCCAUCCUACCCUCAGAUGUUCCCUGAGCGACCACUUCUCCAUCGAAACCACGCUGGUCCGCACGGCGGCAUCAUCGCCACCCGAAGAAGAAGAACAACAACAACAACAACCCCCCACCACACGACCCAUGAUCCAACCUCUCGACCCCGCGAAUUACUCGCUCAUCCAGCAGAUGAUCAAAUCCUACGACGCCCGCCAACGCCGCCAGAGGAGCCUUCAACUCGCCCAUUUCUGGCUCUCCCUCGCAAUCUCCAUCGGUUGCCUGAUCGCCGUCUGGUGGUCGCCACACAACUACGUGGCUUUCAUCCUCAUGCUCCUCAGCACGUUGAACCUGAGCGCCGGCGUCCUGGACGGGCUCAUGGGCUUUCUCUUCGUAAAGACGGAAUUGCGUGCGUUGAAAGAAUUCAAAUUCGAGAUUGAUCAGGCUGCUCGGCGAGGAGAUGUCAUCACCGCCAGCGAAGAUCGGGAACAGAAGCGUGGAGGAGACGUAACGAGAAGAGAGGAGACGGGCGUUGACGGAUAG